AUGUCCCCAGCAACUCUUCUUGCAGCUGCAGUAACUUUAGUGAUCUCUACUCCUGUUGUUCUGCUGCUGCUGCUGCUGCUCCCGUUUCAGCGGAGCGCUAAUGCGAAGCGAAAGGUGUCGUCGACGAAGCGACUCCCGCCGGGGGAGAUGGGGUGGCCCGUCGUCGGCUCCACCUUCGCCUUCCUCCGCCCGCACCGCGCCACCGCGCUCGGCGACUACAUGACCCAGAAUAUCUCAAAGUACGGACGGGUGUUCGCGGCGAGACUGUUCGGGAGGGUGUCGAUGGUGUCGGCGGACGCGGAGCUGAACCGGCAUGUGCUGAACAACGACACGCGGCUUUUCGAGAACGCGUGGCCGCCGCACGUCCCGCGGCUGAUGGGCAAGCACUCGACGGUGAUGUCGGGGGGCGACGCGCACAAGCAGAAGAAGUCCAUCGUCCUCAGCUUCGUGAGCAGCGCCAGGACCCAGUCCUCCUUCGUCCGCGGCGUCGAGUGGCAGGCCGCCGCCCUCGUCGCCUCCUGGGAAGGCCGCGACGUCGUCUACGGCGCCGACGAGGCCAGAAAGUUUUCAUUCUAUGUAAUAUCAAAAAAGGUGAUGGGAAUGAACCCUAACAGCCCGAAAACAGAUGAGCUAUGUAACGCAUUCAUGGACUUAACCAAGGGGUUCUCCUCAAUUCCAAUUAAUUUGCCGGGAACAACAUUCUACAAGGCUCUAAAGGGAAGGGCGUAUAUUGGAAAAAUGGUGGAGCAGAAGAUGGAAGAGAAGAGCAUAAACGAAAGGAAGGGAGUCGACGAGGAGGAGGACUUCGUCGACUGGAUGUUGAAGAAUACGUCAUACUCGACGGAGGAGAUGAUCGACAUGAUUCAGGGCCUGAUUUUCGGCGGUCAUCAUACGACAGCGCAGACUUUAUCUUUAGCAUUCUAUUUUCUAGCGCGUUGUCCAAAAGCUAUCAAGCAGAUGAGGGAAGAGCGCGUUCGAUGUUUGAAAUCCAAGAGUGAGAAAGGAGGGAGCAACCUAACAUGGGAUGAUUACAAGGACAGCGAAUUCACCCAAAAUGUCAUUAGCGAGACUCUGCGACUGGGAAAUGUUGUUAGGAUUCUCCUUAAGAAAGCAAGCGUAGACACCGAAUAUAAAGACUAUGUGAUUCCACAAGGAACUGGUGUCAUAGUACACCUAGCUGCAGCACAUUUGGAUGAAUCAGUUUUUGAAGAUCCUUAUGAAUUCAAUCCAUGGAGAUGGGAGACUUUAUCUGAUACAAAGAAGGCCAGUUUCAUGCCAUUUGGUGGGGGGAUGAGACUCUGUCCAGGUAGAGACCUAGCAAGGAUGGAAAUUGCAAUAUUUCUCCACACACUAAUCCAAAACUACAAUUUUGAGUUAAUCGGACCGGAUCAUCCGAUGGCGAAGCCACAAGUCGAUUUCCGUAACGGUUUACCGAUUAAGCUCAAACCGGUGGCUAACUAA